CAGACAUUAAAUCCAUCGAGACAGCCAAGAAAAGAAACAUCAACAUGGACUUGAGCGUUUCCAGCGCCAUGGAGCCGCCCCUUUUCCCGCGGGGUUCUGGGCUGACUCGGUGGGUGUGGCGUUUCAAGGCUGAACCGCCCGAGUCGAGUCAUCUUUCGUCAACGUUAUUUCUUCUGCUUCAACCUUUUCCCGCUCACCCGCUCACUGCUGUUUGAAAACAGUUGUUCUGUCGCUAUAAUUACCAUUUUUAUUGUUAAUAUAUUCUUCAGGGAACACAAAAUUCCCCUCCUGUGACUCAUGUGUACACCACCGGCAUAAGAAAUCCUCUGUUCGUCACUCCCAACUUUCCCUCGCCCUCAACCCUCUCUCUAGACGUUCAGACCUCCUCCUUCUCCAUGGGAUUUUUUGACCACCUCCAGAAAGGUGGCUCAUUCUCACUGCAGGCUCAGAAGCCUCAGAUUCGCAAGGUUGUACAGGCGAGAGCAGCUCCGUCACGUUCGUCAUCUUUACAUGUCCCAACCCGCACGCCUUCGCGAAAUUCUCCGCUCUCUGAAAACGGAAGAAAAAUACCUGCCCAGAAGAAUCGGUCGGUCUCCACCGGCGCAGAAGCUCGCUUUUCGAAGGGCCGGUCCGACACGCCGUCUCGUAACCGCAAAAGACAUACUCCCGAGCAGCGACUCUCAAGCGACGACGAUGACGACGCUAACGAUACGGAUACCUCCUUCGACGUGCGCAAGCGGGCUAGAAUAAGUGAUAGUACGGAAAUAGAUCCCGAACGACGUGUGCGCUCACUCGAGGCCUUUUCCGAAGGGGUUCCAGAGUCUCUCCCAAGGGUCCAUGCUGCUGAAAUCGCAUCUCUGAAGCAGACGGGGAAAUACCGACGCGCCUUCGGGCAGACAGACAAGUCGGCAGAAAUUUUCCUACAAUAUCCCAGCGCUUCACGGAAGGAAAGGUACAACUUAGUCCUUCCGCGAGAUGACGAUGACUUUAAACCCAUUGACGAAAUCGUCCAAGUAAUAGAGACCGUUUCGCAGAAUCAUAUCCCUGAGGAAGAUGCGGAUGAAUUCUCGAAUGAAUCCACUGGGAUAAACCGGAGGUUACGACGUGCGCUGGCCCAUGUGUCUGAGACGCAGUUCCGGCAGGUUGUGGCGGACUAUAAUCGCGCGAUUGAACGUAUAAGGGUGAAUGGGGGCAUUUCAAAACGGCUUGAUGCUACCAAACGACUGCCUCUGUCUCUUGUUGAGCGGAUUCUAAACCAGACCUACUCACGGACCGUUUCUCCUCGCGUCGAUGCCCUUCGACAGUAUGAGAAUGGGACGGACAACGUGUAUGGCGAACUUCUCCCACGGUUUAUCAGCACGAUCUUUAAGGAGACUGGACUGAGGUCGGGUCAAGUCUUUGUCGACCUGGGCUCCGGGGUGGGCAACGUGGUUCUACAGGCCGCACUGGAAAUUGGGUGCGAGAGUUGGGGGUGCGAAGUGAUGCAAAAUGCAAGUGAACUUGCGCAACUUCAACAGGCCGAGUUUGAGACACGAUGUAGACUCUGGGGCAUUCAACCAGGAAAGACGCAUCUUAUUCGGGGCGACUUCCUCACGGAAGAAAGCAUCAUCCGAGUCUUGAAACGGGCGGACGUCGUCUUGAUUAACAACCAGGCGUUCACGCCGCAGCUGAACAACGAGUUGAUCAAUCACUUUUUGGAUAUGAAGGAAGGCUGUCAGAUUGUCUCGCUCAAGUCGUUUGUCCCUGCUGGUCACAAAAUCCAGUCCCGGAAUCUCAAUUCCCCCAUCAACUUACUCACUGUGAAGCAGAAGAACUAUUGGUCCAAUAGCGUCAGCUGGACUGAUGUUGGUGGUACAUAUUUUAUUGCCACCAAGGAUAGCUCGAAGUUGAAGGCAUUCGUGGAAAAUAUGGAGUGA